AGGGAGUGGUGAUAUAUGCACUGCUCAGUACGCAGCCGCUCCCACUACUAGAUUCAGGUGAGCUCAUCAUUAGUGCCCCGGCCCUUGGUGCGGUGCGGCCAACGGCCAUGGCGAAGCUUGCCGCGCAGCUCAAGAGCAAGUUCUUUGGCCUCGUCGGCCGCAUCACCAGCUGUGGCCGCGCCGGCGCCACCCACAAGGAUGCCGCUGGUGCGACAGAGGCCAAGUCAUCAGUGGGAUCCCAGCCUGUUGAGAUCAGGUCAAGGGGAGGUGCUCCUCCCGUUGAUGGAGGGGCCAAGGGUCACAUCAACAGUGACACCAUCUAGAGGAGAGGGAGAGGAGAAGAGAAGAGAUCGAAGAGAAGAGAAGAAGCUCACCGAUGGUGCUUGGACUUGGACAUUAUCUGCAGCUUAGUUACCAUGUUUGAAAGAACUGAAGCUGUAAAUCGCAGUCGUCGUUGCUUGUGUGUGUGUGUUUAUAGUUCCUCCAUGGUUUACCAUCGUUUUCAGCUUUUCUAGUAUAUCUGGUGCUUGCUAUGUUUCAUAAUUUCGGGCUAUGUUGUUUCAGUGUACGGUAUUUCUGUUCAUUUUCUUCCACUAUUAUAUAAUCUAGCUUAUGGAUUAUAUA